ACCCUUCCUUCAAUCCACAGUUCCCGAUUUCCACAUUUUUUCUCUGAAGCGGAGAAAAGUUCAAUGGUUUGACGAUUUCCCUCGCACCCCAACUUUCUAAUCAAUCCGACCAUGGAGGCAAACGGCAUUCUAGAAGAGAAAAUCAAGAAGGUUCGAUCGGCGGUAGGCCCCGAGUUACCGGAAUCAUUCAUCGUGAGGACUCUGUCGAGGAACGGCGACGAUUCAGAUGAGGCUAUUAAAUACAUUCUCCAAAAUCCUGGGUUCUUGGCCAAACCCUUGACUGUCGUGCGGACGGUCACGAGCACCGGUGCUCGAGUUUCGGCCCAGAUUAAGCAGGAUGAUGAUCCUAUGGAGUCCAAGGAAGAAGCGAAACCGACUGGAACAAACUCAACGGUCCGAGUAAAGGAGGAACCGGUUUCAGGGCUCGAAGACGAAGGCGUAGAGAGCGGGGAAGUGAGCUCGGAUCGCCCAAAGGUUUUGCCUAAAGUAAUUGGAACGUCUAGAAUGACAUUCGAAGAAUUUAUUCAACUGACGAACACGAAAAUUAUGAGUGACGAGGAAUGUCGCAAGAUCCUAAAGGAAAAUCCGGCUGCAGUGGGGGUAAAACCGAGCAGCCUUUCAAGUGCGAAGGUUGAAGUAAAGGAGGAAGUGGUUGAGACGAUUGCACAACCUGGUGCUAAUGCAAAUGCGAGAGUGAAGGAAGAACCAGAUUUGGAGUUUAAGAACAGAGUAUUUGCAAAAGAAGCAACCGCAGGAACUGAAAAAGUUCCAAUUUUGGUUCCAGGAAAGUCUAAAAUGCAUUCGGUUGAUUCAAGUAGUAUACAGAAGAAAGGAACAGUGUCUAAUGAUGGGAGAUGCAAGGUGGAAGAUGGGGAUUUCCCAGUUGAGCCAGAUUGGUUUUUGGUGGGAAGGACAAUGGUCACGGCCAUGUCCACAACGAAGGGGAAUAAAUUGGCAGACAAUGAAAUUGUUAGUUUUGCAUUUCAUUCUUCAAGCUCAAGAUUUAACGCGCAAUGGAUUGUUCGAUUCUCAACAAAACGUCAUGGAGAGAUCGGUCGCCUACCAAUGGAGUGGGCAAAAUGUGUAGUUCCACUUGUCAACUCCGGGAAAGUUAAAAUUCUUGGACGGUGUAUAGCUGCACCGGGAAACCUUCACAUAAUGCAAGAGAUCCUGCUAUAUGUUAGCUUUUAUAUUCAUCGCUCGGUAUUCUCAGACAUUGAUACGGCUUCAUGGAAGUUGGAGGCCACACACAUUGACUCUACAAUUUACCCUCUUCUAACCCUUUUCAAAUUACUGAAAAUCAAACCAUACCAGAAGGCUGAAUUUACUCCAGAAGAACUUGAUUCACGGAAGCGCCUGCUAAAGCUUGAAGACGAUCCAGAUGAAUCAGCAUCAAUGCUACCUAUUGUGAAGCGAAGAAAGGGUUGCCAGCAAUUUGCAGAUCAGAACAAAGAUGACCAAACUCUUAAUGAAUCGUCACUGACUAAGCUUGUUGGUGCAGCGGAUAUGUAUAAUUUGGAUGAAAUGGAGCCUCCACUUACACUGACAUGCGAUCUAAGGCCUUAUCAGAAACAAGCUCUUUACUGGAUGUCUGAGUUAGAGAAGGGGAUCGAUGUUGAAAAGGCUGCACAAACCCUUCAUCCAUGCUGGGCAGCCUAUCGUGUUUGUGAUGAGAGAGCGUUCUCAAUUUAUGUGAACAUUUUCUCCGGGGAGUCGACUACAAAAUUCCCAACUGCUACGCAGAUGGCAAGAGGAGGGAUACUCGCAGACGCUAUGGGGCUUGGCAAGACUGUUAUGACAAUUGCUCUAAUACUUGCGAGAAUGGGGAGAGGAUGUCUUGAUAACCGAAAGCCUGCUGUGAAUAAGAAUGAUGCUACUGAGAAGAGGAGUCCAAAUUCCACCGAUAAAGCAAAGGGUGGCACUCUUAUUGUUUGUCCAAUGGCUUUGUUGGGCCAAUGGAAGGAGGAACUUGAAACACAUUCAGAGCCUGAGAGUAUUUCCAUAUUUGUUCACUAUGGUGGUGACAGAACCAAUAACCCUGAUGUGUUAUCAGGAUAUGAUGUUGUCUUGACAACGUAUGGUGUCCUAACGUCGGCCUAUAAGAGUGAUGGAGAGUGUAGUAUUUACCACAGAGUUGAUUGGUACAGAGUGGUGCUAGAUGAAGCCCAUACAAUUAAAUCAUCAAAGACACAAACUGCGCAGGCUGCCUUUACGUUGAACUCGUAUUGUCGAUGGUGUCUUACAGGAACCCCCCUCCAGAAUAACUUGGAAGACCUUUUCAGCCUCUUAUGCUUCUUGCGGGUGGAGCCAUGGUGCAAUUGGGCAUGGUGGAACAAAUUGAUUCAAAGGCCUUAUGAAAAUGGUGAUCCUAGAGGCUUGAGACUGAUCAAGGCUAUCUUGAGGCCACUUAUGUUGAGGAGAACUAAAGAUACAAAGGAUGCAAAAGGAAGGCCUAUUCUUGUUCUCCCUCCAACUGAUAUUCAAACCGUCACGUGCAAACAGUCAGAGGCUGAACGUGAUUUUUAUGAUGCACUUUUUAAGAGAUCCAAAGUCCAAUUUGACCAGUUUGUGGCUCAAGGAAAGGUUCUCCACAACUAUGCAAACAUCCUAGAGCUAUUGCUCCGACUUAGGCAGUGUUGCAACCACCCAUUUCUUGUAAUGAGCCGAGGAGAUUUGCAACAGUAUGCAAACUUGAACAAGCUUGCAAGAAGGUUCCUCGAGUCCAACAGCGAUUCUAUCACGAUGGAGCAGGCUGCACCCACCCGAGCAUAUGUGGAAGAGGUUGUAGAGUGCAUUCGGUGGGGUGAAAACACUGAGUGUCCUAUAUGUAUGGAGUUUGCUGACGACCCUGUGCUCACCCCAUGUGCGCACAGGAUGUGCAGGGAGUGUCUCCUCUCAAGCUGGAGGACUCCAACAACUGGGCUGUGCCCAAUUUGUAGGCAAUUGCUCAGGAAAACCGACCUCGUAACAUGUCCAUCAGAGAGUCCUUUUCGCGUGGACGUUGAGAAGAACUGGAAAGAGUCUUCAAAAGUAUCAAAACUGCUGGAAUGCUUGGAACAGAUUCAUCAGUCGGGUUCAGGUGAACAGAGCAUUGUUUUUAGCCAGUGGACCAUGUUUUUUGAUCUUCUAGAGAUCCCGUUGAAGAGAAGAAAAAUUGGAUUCUUUAGAUUUGAUGGAAAGUUGUCGCAGAAACAAAGGGAAAGAGUUCUAAAAGAGUUCAGUGAAAGCAAGGAGAAAAAGGUGAUGCUAAUAUCUCUGAAAGCUGGUGGGGUUGGAUUGAAUCUAACCGCAGCUUCGAAUGUCUUCAUAAUGGACCCAUGGUGGAAUCCUGCGGUCGAGGAACAGGCAAUCAUGAGAAUUCAUCGUAUUGGCCAGAAGAGAACAGUCCGUGUCAGAAGAUUCAUUGUCAAGGACACCGUGGAGGAACGCAUGCAACAAGUUCAGGCCAGGAAGCAGCGAAUGAUCGCCGGUGCCCUCACUGACGAGGAAGUUCGGACGGCCAGGAUUGAAGAGCUCAAGAUGCUUUUUAGAUAAACGGUGUUAAUUUAUUAUUCGUUUUUUUUUUCUUUUUAGUAAAUAUUACUGCAUCAUCCAGAUGCCAUAUGCCCAAAGGAAUAGAAUUCCUAUGGGCCUUAACUUUUGUAAAGUCAGCACCAAGCGGAUGCUGUUUUGUAAAUUGGAAAAGAAAGGGUCAUUUUGUUGGAAA